AUGGAUAGUCAUAAAAAUGGAGCGAAGAAGGAAACUGUUAUGUAUUCGCAACUCCAACCAUGGAGUACUGUGGGUGUACUUCCUUGUAUGGAACAAAUUGCCGGUCCACCGAUUUCGAUUAGAGUUGGAGAAUUCUAUAAAACUCCCAAACCACAUUCCUGGCGACCUACUUUAGGAUAUGAAACCGUAGAAGCAUCUCCAUUACCCUCUCAACCUGUCACAAAUUUAUUUGCUGAUACCUGUUACAUGCCAAAAGGAAUGGCCACAGAACCAUUACGAUUUCCAAAUUUGGUGACUGGCUUCGAUAGAAAUCCUGCGCAUGCAGCGCGGGCUGCACUCUUUACAAGAUAUGGCCCAUACGAAUGGGUGCAGAAUCAACUAAAGCUUUAUAACGAAGCGAAUAGUAAUAGAAAUUUUUCUGAAAGCUUACGUCAGGAUACUGUUCGAAUGAUGCGAGAGGCUGAUGAGAAAAUACAAAAUGGUCAAACAGAAACAGGUAGAAAAUUAGGGGAAAGAAUUACGGAUACCACUUUUUGGAGAAACGAAGUAGCUUCGGAAUUGGAGCGAUUAAUAAUAGAAAAUACAAAGAUGCAAGAGUGUCGUCGUGACUUACAAACGACGAUACAAAGUUUAGAGGGUCAAUUGCACAUAGCGCAAGAGUGUUUAUAUUAUCGCGAAGCUAGAACAGGUUCUGACUUGGUUCAUGAUCAAGUCGAGCAUGCUCUUCUACAAGAGGUGGAAGUAGUUAGAAAUUGUCAAAAUAAAUUAGAACAUUUUACGGAUAAAUGUAUUAAUCAGCUUACAAAUAGUAGAGCAGUACAGAAUCAACUAGAGAUUGACAUAAAGAAUAAAGAAACUGCACUUGGAAUUGAUAUUACAUGUCAUCAAAUGAACAAUUUUAGUCGUGGAUUAAAAUAUUACGGUGGCAUUGAGAAAUAUGAUAAUAGCGUUACGGAAGCCGAAUCUUGGGUUGAAGCUUCCGAUAAUGUAGUGAAAAAAUCACAGACAGAACGAGCAAGAUCUAAUCAAUUACGAAGCGACAUAGAAAUCGCGAUAAACGCAGUUGGUCAUGAAAUGUGGGAAGCGUGGGGAAAUACAAAUAAUGCUUUGGCCAGAAGGGCUGCAGAAAUACUAGAAGCAAAAGAGAAAUUACAAAUACAUUUACAUAAAAUUCAACAAGAAAUCUUUGAAAUUGAAAAGAAUUUGCAAUUAAUGCAAAAAGCCAUCGCGGAUAAAAGUUCUGCUCUCAAAGUCGCACACACUCGCUUAGAAAGUAGAACUCAUCGACCUGCAGCAGAAUUAUGUAAAGAUUACGCUCAGCUCAGAAUGAUCGAGGAAGUAGAAACGAUAAAUGCAAUGAUACACGAUAUGAAUUUAAAAUUACAAAGAUUUGAAGCGCAACAUCAGCAACUUCUACGUACUAGAACUAACUUAGAGGGUGAUUUAAAAUCUAAAGUCGACUCAUUAUUUAUCGAUAGAGAAAAGUGUAUGAGUAUGCGAAGAAGUUAUCCAGUUGCAUCAGUCAUUAAGUUUUGA